AUGGCCGCAAUUGUUCCCCCCGAGAAGCUCGCUAUCAUCAAAGCUCAAGCCGAUUUUUGGGCUCAUUCUAUGCGUAGUCCUAUCGUCCGCACACCUGAGGAAUACGGUCUGAAGUAUGAAGACAUUUCUUUUCCUUCUUAUGAUCAAGUUGCGCUCAAAGGCUGGUUCUUUCCUUGCGAAGGAUCUAAUAAGCUAAUCAUCUGCAACCAUCCAAUGCCUAUGAAUCGAUAUGGCUACCCUGGCCACUUGGAUGAAUUUAAACAGCUCUGUGACUUUGAAGUUAACUUCCUUCCCGAGUAUAAGGUCCUUCAUGAUGCAGGUUACAAUGUUCUGUGCUAUGAUCAACGUAACCACGGCGAAAGUGAAGAGGGAGACGGCGGCGUGGCUGGCGCAGGAAGACAUGAAUGGAAGGAUUCUGUGGGGGUGAAACGCUGGGUUGACAAGCACCCUGUCUAUUCGAAAAUGACUCUAGGAUUAAUGAGUAGAUGUAUGGGCGCUAAUGCGCAGUUUGAAGCAAUUUCGCGUUAUCCCGAACUCUUUGACAACGUGAAGUGCAUCGUUGCCCCCCAACCUGUUACAGCUAGGUAUCCUGCCGAGGCUUUUUGCGCACAAUUGGGUAUAUUAGACGAGAUCGAUGUCUUGGAGGAGGAGAUCAGGAAGUUAGGCGGCUGGACAACAACUGAGAUGGGUCCCAAGCCUUUUGUGCCUAAAGUGCACAUUCCAACGUUGAUCUCCCAAGUACACGAUGACACUUGGACCAAGCCCGAGGACGUCGAGACAAUUUUCGAACUUCUAGGUGCCGAGCAGAAAAAGUUGUUUUGGAUUGAAGGAACCACCCGCAGGUUUGAUGGUUACAAUUAUUUCGGCGAGCACCCAGAGGAAAUGCUUGCGUGGUACGCCAAGUAUAUGUGA